GCGGUAUCGGUGGAGGGGGUAGGUGGACUCUGCGGCACCUGUUGGCCUCCAAUCAGCUGAUUCUUUCGGUGGAAAUUACCUUUCGAACGUUUUUGAGCCAUUUUUUGGUGAUUAUUUUUGCCAAAAUGGUGAUUUGUGAUGGGUUUUGAUGUGUGAGAAUGUUAAUUUGGGAUUUUAGUGAGUGAGGAUGGCUAAUUUAUUGAUGAAGAGCUGAAGAGGAAAGCGAAGAGGAAGUAGUGCCGACAGAUAUGUCAGAGCCCCAAAAAUGCCCGAAAGACGACUCUGGAGCCCUGGAAAUUACUAAUUUCGUUUAGAGAAUCUAAUCACGAGCUUCUCCAUCGAGAACGAUUUUUUAUCUAAUGCUCUACAUCCGGUAGUUCAUAACCUUGAGAAAUUACGUAGAGAGAUGUAGGGAAUCAGCAAGGGGAGUGAUGGUCAUGUGUUGGAUGAAGCUGCGAACAUUUCUUCUCAUUGUCGGAUUUUUUGGAAUUCUUUUGCUGAUUAUUCAGGUACAUCUGACCCCUGGGGAUGAAGAAGCUUCAAUUCUCGAAAAUGAGCCAGUCAUCCUCUGGUGGACGCCUUUCGGGUCUGAUGGGACUUCCAGGACGUGUGGAAAAUUCAGAUGUCAUUUCACUCAAGACCGAAUUUACCGGAAUCACCAGAAUCUAAAGGCAAUUUUAUUUUAUGGCAGUAAUCUGGAGAUUAACGAUCUGCCAAUCCCUCGAGCCCCUGGCGUCCAGUGGGGAUUACUCCAUGAGGAAUCACCCAGAAAUAAUUUAAUGUUUGUUCACGAGGCGGCACUCAAACUAUUCAAUUAUUCAUCGACAUUCAGUAGAUUCAGUGAUGUACCCCUGACGCUCGUUGAUCUGCCUGGAGAGGAGGAUUUAUUGAACAAAAAAUUUUUUACACCAACAAACGAGAAAAACAGACUGAUAAAGGAGGAAAAUCUCUCUCCCCUGCUGUACCUCCAAUCAAACUGCGAUACUCUCAGUGAAAGGGAUUUAUACAUCUCCGAACUGAUGAAGUAUAUCCCUAUUGACGCUUACGGGGCCUGCCUGAACAACCGAAACCUCCCGGAGCACUUGAGAAGCAAUUACAUCGAGAAUUUGAACAGUGACGAGUUGAAAAAAUUCGUUGGACAGUACAAAUUCACUCUGGCGUUCGAAAAUGCUGUCUGCGAUGAUUACAUCACUGAGAAACUGUGGAGACCUUUAAUCGUCGGGUCUGUGCCCAUUUAUUAUGGCUCACCAACGUUCAAAGAUUGGCUUCCGAAUAAUUCAUCAGCUGUUGGAGUCCAGGAUUUCGAGUCCCCGAAACACCUGGCUGAGUUCUUGCAUCAAUUAAUGAAGAACGACACAGCAUAUGAGCAGUAUUUACCCCACAAAUUAGCAAAAACUGGAAUUUCCAAUGACAGACUGUUGAGAAAUUUGAGAAAAAGACCUGGAGAGCUGUUCAGUGUCUUCGAAUACUACUACAGGACAUUUCAAUGCCAGGUCUGUGAGAAAAUCCAUCGAAAUGAGCAUCGAACAGCUUCGAGGAAGGAAUACAACUGUGAAAAGCCAGACGGAAGGUUUAAUUUUAAUGGAAAAACUGUGAAAAACUCGUGGAUUGACGCCUGGAAUAUGGAAAAAUGCACCGGAGUAUUACUUACUGAAUAUUUAUUGAAGAAUGAGGGCUUUAGGUCGAGGGAAUUUAAUGCAAAGAAGAUGAAGAUGUUUAAAACUAAUGAAUGUUGAGGAUAUUUCGACUUUUACUGGAAAUUUUUAGCUUUAUUAAUUAGUUUUGGGUUAAUUAAUCACGAAUGAAACAAUACAUGAGCAGUAUUUAUCUUACAAAUCGACCAAAACUAGAAUAUCCUAUGGAUAUGUACAAAAAUAAUAAAUGUUGAGGAUAUUUUUACA